UAACUAGCCGCCGAUCUCUCUCUGUGUGUGAAGAAUCAAUGGCAUUAAGAAGCUUACACGAUGACUUCGUGACCCUCUUCGUGGAUAACAAUCAACCUCAAGAAGAAGAAGACUCGUCUUCUUCUUCUCCUCCAUGUCAAGUGAUUUCGAUCUCAGCUUUGGAUGUUUCAUCCUGGGACUUGUCAGAGAUACUCUGCUACAGAAGAGUCAAAGUUCAAGCUCAUCGAACUAGGCUCAUUCAAGAAUCUUCUUAUUUCCAUGGCCUUCUUAGUGGAAGCUUCAGUGAAUCAGGUCGUGAUCAUAUCUCUGUAGAAUGGAACCUAGAGACUUUCUUGAAUCUUAUGAGGUGUAUAUAUGAUUGUGCCGUUCAUGUUACAUCCACUAGUUUCUUACCUCUUUUCGAUGCUGCACUCUUCUUUGGGGUAGAGAGGCUUCUCUCUAAAUGCAAGAGCUGGCUUUCACUGUUGGCAUCGUCCAAGGAUCCUGCAUCAGUAAUACUACAACUGUCUGACCUUGUUCAGAUGUGGAGUUUCUGUCUCGAACGUGAUGUGGACUUUGUGCCAGAUCUCUGUGCAGCCUAUCUUGCAAAGAAUCUCAUGUUGGUGAAAUCUGAUGAGUAUUUUGGAAAUGUUCCAUAUGAGUUGUUGAUGUGCUGCAUAAAACAUCCUCACCUGACUAUAGACAGUGAGAUGCAUCUUGCUGAUGCACUUCUUGUUUGGCUUGAUGCCAACAAAAGACUGUUUGACUUGUCAGCCAGUAGUAAGGAUAACAUAGUUAACUUGAUGGAACAGGUCCGGUUUAGUCUUUUGCCACUGUGGUUUAUUGCAGAAAGAAGCAAGUCUCAUGGUUUCUCAACGUUUGCUGAUCACAGUAUUGAACUGGUUACUAAACUAACCAAAAUGUCAUCCAAAUGCUUGGUUGAUAGUCUAAGAGAUGGCCUCCCUGCUGAUCUUAGAGUUCGGUUGACUGAAUACACAAAGAAACUGGACCUCUCAGGAUGCACGCAGUUAAACGAAGCCAUUCUGCUACUCUCAGUACUUCCUGAAACAUAUUUCACAAACCCCAUGUGGAGAAAGAGUUUUAAAAGCUUCCUAAGUAACCCUGAAGACGACGCAAGAAACCAAGAACAAUCAUCUCAGCGAACGUUACCAAUCUCAUCUUUUGAAGCUGUGGAAGAGGUUGAUAUCUCCAAGUGUCAGAGGCUUGAUUACAAAGCAAGCAUCAAGUGCAUCUCUAAGUCAUUCCCAUCGUUGAGAAAACUGAGAGCUGCUUAUCUCUUAAACAUCAAGGUGUCCACAAUGCUUGAGCUUCUCCAGAACUGUCACAACCUUACUGAAGUUGAUUUAACAGUUGAUAUCGUUCCUAUAAUACCGGGUCAAGCAUCGGUGUUUUACGCAAGUCCAGGUUUAGCUCAGACUCCUCCCAUCAUCUCCUUAACAUCUGGAAGUCAUAUCUUUGAUUCUGGCCGAGUUCAUCGUUCCCUCUCGAGUAUCACAAGACUAACCCUGGAGGGUAGAAGUGAUUUAUAUGAUACGGAUCUACGGAGCAUAUCUAGAUCAUGUGGCUCAUUAUGUUACUUGAACAUAAAAGGGUGUGCGCUACUCUCAGAUGCAUGUAUAGCUUAUGUUAUACAGAAGUGUAAAAGCUUACACUCUCUCAUAGUUUGCUACACCUCUUUCUCGGAGAACUCGGUCUUGGCACUAUGCGCUGGUACUUCUGUGACCAGUUCAUUAGCAUCCAAUCUUCAGAUACUGCACAUGAGUAAAUGCGAAGGAAUCAGCGAGACAUUGCUUAUGAACUUGAUAACCCGGACAAAGAAACUGAAGAGUCUUUGCUUAAGAGAUACAAAUGUUUCAGACGCUGUGCUAUGUGAAUUCUCUGGCUCUUCCUUAGAAUCACUUGAUAUUUCAAAUACCACGAUAUCUAGUGGGGUUCUUAAUGGUGUCAUUAGCAAAAAUCACAAUCUUAAAAGCCUUAAAGCCAGGGGAUGUAAGAAUCUGGUACAAUCAGAGACUCUGUUUAACUGUUUAAGCAAGGGACAUGGAUUGAAGGAGCUUGAGAUCGGUUGGGGGUUUACUUACUUCUCUCUUGUGUCUUUGAGACCUUCAGUAUCAUCCCUACGAGCUAUAAGUGUGGGUUUAGGUGCUUCUUUAGGUGAAGAUGGUUUAAAGCUUCUACCGUCCGCUUGUCCUUUGCUAGAGUCUAUCGUCCUUUACUUUCAGGAAAUAUCUGACUCUGCCUUGACGAGUAUAGUGACAUCAUUGAAGCAACUAGAGGAGCUAGCUUUGUCGUAUUGUUUCGGUGACAUAACACUUAAGAGUUUUAAGUUCUCUAUGCCGAAACUGAGGAAGCUGAGGCUUGAGAGGGUAACUCGUUGGAUGAGCAAUGAAGAUUUGUUUGUGCUCACGCAAAGCUGUCCGAACUUGACCGAGCUUACAUUAGUAGGAUGUUCACACUUAAAUUCAGAUUCUCAACCAAUUAUCUCAUCUGGAUGGCCAGGAAUGAUUUCUCUUCAUCUAGAGGAAAGUGGGACAAUAACAGAGAAUGGUGUGGUUUCUCUCUAUGGCUGUAUUGCUCUUGAAGAUCUUUUGCUUCGCCACAAUGGCUCUGGGAUACGGAAGAACUUCCUUCUUGAUGCUGCUUUGAAGUUUCCAAUGCUUCGGCUCGUAUCUCUGGACAUGUGUGAUGCAAAGGAAGGCAACUUCGAUGUCCCAGAGGAGAAAGAAGAAGUUCGUUUCCUAAGCAUAGUGAAAAUCAGUAGAUGCAAGUCUCAGAGAUGCUCUCUGGGAAGAGAGCUAGCUCCAGUGCAUAGAGAGACGCUGGUUAUGUUUUGGAACGGCCAAAACUUCACUAAUACACUGCUCAAACAAAGGCUUCACUAAUAGGUGACUUCAACGUUCUUCUUGUUUAUAAAAAUUUGUCUUUCUGUAAUUAUUUGUAACUUGUGGAAUCCAAAUGUUGAAUUAAGUGUUCA